AUAGAUUUGAGCGGCGACAAUUCGACUCGUGUUGAAUGCAUUUGUGUGUGGUCAAUUGGACCUGAGCGGCGUCGAGUAGAUCAGUCAAUCGCUCCACCAUGCCUUCACGUUAAUAAUGAUGAAUUUGCUCCUUCUGCUUGUCGACCAGUCUGUCAGUCUUUGUUUCUCACGGCGACGGUUGCUCAAUCAUCGAGACAUUCAGUCAAUCGGUCAUUUGAGGAAUAUUUCACUUGGCUUCUCCGUUUUAGUCCGCCAGUCAGCUCCGUGAGUCCCUCAGCGACGGCCACUCUCGUCUUUGAUGCACACUCCGAUAUGGAUGUUGGAGUCCAGUUCAGAGGUGCAACCUAG